ACGUGCAGACAUACUUCUCAGAAUUAUCAAAUAGCAAUACUUAUUUAAUGCUUUGUUCCAUUUUAUUUUUCUGUAUGAAUGUGCCGACUCAUCAUGGUAUUUAUGACUUGUCCGCAUGGGAUUCUUGAUUUCUUAAACACUCAGAUUUGGUAGCAUGGCUUCUAGGUUGCAGAGAAUGUUGGAAGCAGACUGGAACCAUGCCAGUUGAAUUCUUGCUGUCGGAGCUACUUUCUCUCUCUUGGAUGCUGGGAUUUUUUCUGGUAAGAUUUCUGUAAAGGAUUCAUGCACUUUAUUCGAUUUGAUUUCCGGAGCCCAAAAAGAUGUGAUCUUUACUGCAUUUCUACGAUUGAUGCUUUCUCGAAUUUGAUGGGCAUCUCUGUUUUCCCUUUUCGUAGAUUCAGUGGUUUCAAUUAUUGCUAGGGCUUUAGGGAAGGAAUUUGUUUCGUGCUGCUAAUUAAGGGGGUUUUAGGGUUUGUGUUUAGAGGUAGCUAAAUUGUGUGUGUGUGAGUGAGUGAGAGAGAGAGAGAGAGAAGGGGCGACAUAGACGAGGCUAUUUGAUGGUAGCUCAGAGAAUGGGGUCUCAAGGGGAUGGUGGCAACAGCACUAUUGGGACCUUACUCCGAAACCCGGACCUAAAAUCGAACCGAUUGACUAGGCAGGGCUCUUUGUACAGCCUCACUCUUGAUGAGGUGCAGAAUCAUUUGGGGGAUUUGGGGAAGCCCCUUGGCAGCAUGAAUCUUGAUGAGCUUCUCAAGAGUGUGUUGACAGUGGAAGGCGCUGAGUAUGGGCAAUCAGCGCCUUUCCAGCCUCCAUCAGGGUCGGGUUUGAAUCGGCAGUCUAGUGUUACGAUAUCUAGGGAUCUGAGCAAAAAAACUGUUAAUGAGGUGUGGAAAGAUAUUCAGCUGGAGCAGAAAAGGAGCAGUCUUGAUAGGAAUUUCAAUCUUGGGGAAAUGACGUUGGAGGAUUUCUUGGUUAAGGCCGGGGUUGAUCUGAUUGGAUUGCUUCAGCAAGAUCAAUGGACGAGUUACCCGAUCUCUGGAGUUGCUCCUCAGCAGCAGCAGCAGCAGCAGCAGCAACAACAAAGUAUGAUGCCUGUUUACAUGCCGUGCCAUGCAAUCCAGCAGCCUAUGCCUCUCGGUGGAAACUUUGUCUUGGACACUGCUUAUCCGGAAACCCUGUUAAUGUCAUCUUCCCCGCUGAUGGGAACGUUGUCGGACACCCAAACAACAAGACGGAAGAGGGUUCUCUCAGAUGAUAUAGCUGAGAAAGGUGUUGAAAGGCGGCAGAAGAGGAUGAUAAAGAACAGGGAAUCUGCAGCACGCUCACGAGCUAGGAAGCAGGCCUACACCCAUGAACUCGAAAACAAGAUUUCAUGCCUAGAGGAGGAGAAUGAAAUGCUCAAGAAAAAACAGGAAUGGGAGAAGGUGCUGCCGAGCAUACCACCACCACAGCCCAAGUUUCAGCUGCGUCGAACAAGCUCUGCUCCCAUGUGAAGAUAAUGUAGAUUGCUCGCUCGCUUUUUUUCUUCUUUUAUUUAGUUAAGAUUAGCCAGUGUUAGAUGACAGACAGACAGUCUGAGGAUAUGGCCUCGGUCUCCAUCUCGACCUCGGUAUCUGUGGCUUGAACAUCCUCUGGCUGUCUUUGAUGUACAUUUUUAUAGUACUACCAACCAACCUGCGAUUAUAUAAAAAACUUGUCAUGUUUUGAGUAA